CUUCGCAGUCUAAUAUGUUGCAACCACCUGCAAUCCGUGGGAACUGGAUUAGCUGGUUGCUGACAGGACACUGGGAUUCAACGUACAAUCCAUACCGUUGGCUAUUGUAGUCUGAAGUUUAAUUAGAUUUUAUUUGGUGGAAGCAGCAGCACUGCUCCGUUUAUGAACUUAUGCAAGUCGGACUGACUUUCAAAUUUUAAUGCAGUUUUCUGUGUUUCGUUGCAAUUUUUCGAAGGACUGAUUUGCAAGACUCGAUGGCAUUCGGAUUUUCCUUUCCACUGGCCAUGUGCUGAAGCUGACAAGAUAAAUCGCCUGAAUGCUUUCUCGAACCCUGCACACAACGUUUGCCUACUAGAAUAGAUCUAUUCAUUCCGCAGAGAACCAUGAUUGGUAUCUCCCAACCGAAGAACCAGACUACGCUGCAGAGUACUGGCGGCGACAGUAUUGCAGUGAAAUAUGUGUUAUCCAGUGCCAGUGCUUUCGUAGCCGAAUUUGUGACGUAUCCUCUGGAUUUGGCCAAGACGCGACUACAGAUCCAGGGCGAAAAGAGCGCUUCAGUGAUAGCAAAUGGAACCAGAAAAAUUAGUUCGCCGCAGGCCUAUCGAGGGCUGUUCAAAACGGCUGUUGGAAUCGUCAAAGAAGAGGGAUUUACAAAACUGUGGUAUGGAUUGCCUCCCGCACUCGUUCGUCAUGCAAUUUAUACUGGAUCCCGGAUGACGAUGUAUGAACAAGCUCGGGAAAAGCUUUUCCAUGCUUCGUCGAAAGAUUCCAUUGCUUUAUGGCAGGCGACAUUCCUCGGCAUGACUUGCGGUGGAAUUAGUCAAGUGAUAGCUAAUCCAGCGGAUGUGGUGAAAGUGAUGUUGCAGAUGGAAGGACGUCGCAGGUUAGAAGGAAAGCCACCUAGAGUUUUGGGAAUGACCCAUGCUUUCCAGACUGUGAUAGCCGAAAGUGGUUGGAAAGGCUUAAUGCGAGGAUGGCUUCCUAACAUGCAGCGCGCAGCGCUGGUCAAUCUCGGAGACUUAACCGCUUACGAUACUGUGAAGCACGCUGUUUUGACGCAUACUCCCCUCAAAGAUAGCCCUGUGACUCACGCACUGUCUAGUCUCUUAUCCGGAAUUGUAGCGGCGAUCUUUGCUACUCCAGCAGAUGUUGUGAAGACUCGAAUGAUGAACCAGCCCUUUGAUGCUACCGGAAGGCCGUUGUUCUAUCAGUCUUCUCUCCAGUGUCUUUCCAAAACCGUACGAGAGGAGGGCAUGUUAGCCAUUUAUAAAGGCUUUUUUCCUGCAUGGAUGAGAAUGGGUCCUUGGAGUAUGACUUUCUGGCUGGUGUAUGAACAGCUGAGAAGAUUGGACAAACCAAGCCACAGUGCUCAACCAGUGGAUACUAUUGUUUUGUAAUAUUGCUGAAGGCCAGACAGGACUGGUGCUCAUGGUCAGUAGGAUGGUCCCGGUUCUGUGGUGUUUCUGCUGGUUCGUUUGAGGUUUGAUACGUUGUUUCUUUUCCUUAUUGUUCCUUGAAACUUGAUGGAUUAGCUCUAGAAUGUUGCAGAUUUUAUCUUUUAAUAUAUUUCUGGUAUUCUGAAUUUUAUUGCACUUGUA